AUGGAACUAAUGAGGAUGCUGAGUGAUUCCUCCAAAAGGAGCAGCAAGAAAGGGUCUGUCUCUCUGGAUGAAGAAGAACCGAUGAGUAAACAAAUGAAGAUACUCCUGGAGCGUAAGAAAGAAGAAGAGAGGAACAAAGCCCUGUCACAUUGGUCUAUUCUGAGGAAUUCUAUUCGUCGGACAAUUGUAGCAGUCACUCAAGCUGACAUGAAGGAACGUGUGAUUUCCCAUGGGAUUCAUCAUAUGAGGAAAAUGAACCAUCCAGGAGUUAUCAAAUGUGUUCUUUACAUGUCUGAUACAAAGGAAUAUGUCACUACAGAUGGCAAAAAUAUCCGAGUGUUUUUAGAAGAUGGACGUAAAAAGGAAUCCUACAUUCCAGAAGAACCUAUAGACAACCUUACAUAUUGUAAACAUACAAAACAAUAUGUAGGAUGGAUCAGUGAACAGGAUGAACUUUUUCUGAUGAACUCAGAAUUUGAGAUCAUAUCACAGGCAAGAGUACCAAGCAAGAUCAACCUGGCUACAUACAAUCAGAGUACCCGUGAGUUUGUGACAAUUAGUCCUGGCUACAUGGUGUGUUGGGCCUUUAGAUAUGGAGCAAGACAUCUGAUUCCCCGCAAAAUGACAAAGAUUCGAUACAAUGACGACAAAACAUUCCGCCACAUAGUCUUGGAAGAGACUGCAAGUCGUACGCAGAAAUGUUAUCUGUCCAAAAACACAGGCAUAGUGUCUUACAAUGUGUUCGAGGGUAAAGAAUUGAUCCACAAAAAAGAUCUACACGAGAGACUGAUUACAGCCUUAACUUAUUUUAACCCCCUGAAGUACCUGAUAACAGGUGCUCUGGAUGGUACAAUCAAAGUUUGGGAUAAUGAGUGGUUUUUGAAGAUGGUAUUUGUUGGACACACUCAGUGUGUGAACAUCCUCACCAUCUAUCCUGAGGGUCCAGCUGUGGUCUCUGCCAGCUAUGACUGCACCAUUCGUGUAUGGAAUCUUGACUCAUGUGAUGAAAUGGACAGAGCCAAACUGGAUACUCCUGUUGAGGGGCUAGUUACAGAACUGAACUAUGAUGUGUUCUUUACUUAUGCAAAUAAGCAAGUUGAUCUGUGGAAGAUUCAACAUCUCUACAAUAUCUUCACUGCUAUUGGUCAAAGAGUAAAUAGUAUCAAGCAGACAGCACAUCCAUUUUACCCUAUCCGUUCUCUUGUGGUGAGUCGGGACUGUAGUAUUCGGUUGAUAACGCCACCUAGUGGAGAUGUGAUGACAACGCUGCUUUUAGAUCCAUCUGUAGGAAUCAUUGAUGCUGCCUAUGCUGUUGCUGAGGAGAAAAUAUUUACUGUUGUUGGAAAUGGGGACAUAUACAAAUGUCGGACUGACAUCAACCCUGCCCAGAUCGAGGCUGUGUGGAAGUGUAAAAACCCACGAGAGGCAUGUAAUUACCUCCUGAUCUAUGAGUAUGUGCCAGACUUCAAGAGUGAUGCAUGGGCUGCGUUUCGACGUGGCCUAGCUACAAAGAGCAUCAACCAAGCCACGGACUCAGAAGAGCCUGUCUCUAACAACCGCACGAUCCUCCUUGGGGGUCGAAAGGAUGGCUACAUCUGUGUCUUUAACUUUGAGACUGGUGAUGUUGAAUUCAAAAUUGAUGCACAUGGUGUAAAGGGAGUGCUGAGUAUGAUAGCCAACUCCAAGGAGGAUCAGCUCAUCUCUGCUGGGAAAGAUAACAUUAUCAAGGUAUGGCGUCUGUACCCGUAUGCCCAGGAAGCCCUGGCACCUCUCCUGUUGUUCUACUGUAAACACACGCCUAUACACAUGACGAUGCUGAAGACAAACCUGUGCGUAGCCUUUCAGGAUCAUUCCACUGCCACGUACAGUAUUGUUAUAUACAAUCUUAAAGACAGAAAUCUCAGUAAAGAAUCCUCCAAACUUGUUCACUCUAACUUAUUUGAACACAAACCAGAGGAUGAUCACACAGACUCUAUAACAGGCCUGACUAGCUGCCAGAGAAUGAAACUGUAUGCAUCAUCCAGUUUGGACGGGUCAAUCAGAAUUUGGGACGAGCAGAACAACCUGAUAAGACAUCUCAAGCUGAAGACGAUGCCUUAUAGUGUUGGUUUCUGUAGUUCACGUGGUGACCUCCUUGUUGGAAUAGGGCCUCAUCUGUAUCGAGUACCCUACCAAUCUUAUCUGCCGAAAACCUACUUGUUUAAGAUGGUAUCUAUGAAGUUUGCAGACCCCAAACCAGAAGCCAUUGUUGAACUGGAUGAAAAUCUUGUAAAAAAAUUGUCAAAAAGAGAAUUCACACGUCUCAAGAAAUCCCACUCAGCAUUCAAGUAUGACCACUUUGAGGAUAUUCUGACCAAGGAAGAAGAAGAGGAAAUCACACGAGAGUUACGAAUGAAACAGGCUGCUUUUGCUGAGAUUGCUGCGAGGGAUUCUGAACUUAUCAAGAUCAGAGAUGCACAACUACCAGCCAAAAGAAAGCCGAGACAAACUCCGGAAACUAAGGACGACGCAUUUAAAAACUAUAUGAGGAUGUAUUAUGAUCGUCCUAGACUCUCGAUACCUGAGGAUGAGAUGUUCCCUGAAGAUAAGAUCAAGUCAAUACUGAAAGGCCCUGUUGAAAAAGUGGAAGAGCCUUAUAAACCAGAAAAAGAACCCACUGGCUUUUUCCCCCCUGCAUCAAGAGCAGUCAGUUCUCGGAUAUCCAGAGAGACGUCUAUGGUCAAACCCACGGUGGAGGUGAAACCUGCAGUGGAAGUCCAACCUGAUGCGGCAAAGGAACAGACACCUGUUGCUCCAGGGUUACCUGCCUCUAUUCUAAAGCCAGAUACACCUGUAACAAAAGCACCAUCUCCAGAGGCUCAGACAGGAUCACCAGCACCAAGUGUUUCAAAGAAAGAAAAGGUUGUGCACUUCUCCCGUGAACCAUCCAAAGUAUCGAGUAUACGCUCCGCUUCAAUUCCUGCGCUGUCAAGAGAGCCUACAUCCACCCCACUACAGCCUGCUUACCCUAUUGUCAGUGCUACUGGCUUUGUGCCUAACUCUGUUAUGGUGAAAAUUCUGUGGCCACCUCCACCACCCCCACCCCCCAACAAAGAGGAGAGGUGGCAGCCACCUGCUCUCACUGCACGGCAACUGGCUGAGAUUAGCGGCACUCAUUAUGAAUCGCCUCCUCCUGAAGAAGAGGAAGAAGAGAUCAGAGAAGUCACACCUGAGCCAAUGUACUUUGACUAUGGCUCUAAAGAAGAUGAAGAGUCCAUACGGGAGAGUCCAAUUAUCUCAGAGCCUCCUACUCCUUCACCUCCUCCUAUAAAGCCAAAGGAUGCAAAGGAAGUCACCUUCAGCCGAAAGGACACAGUCCAUGUGAUAGAAAAGAAUGUUACCCCACCCAUAUCCUCAAGAGAACCAACCUCUCUUCUAUCUAAGCUUCAAGGGGCUAUUGCUAAACCAUCAGCAGAUGACGAUGAUUCAACUAUUACCACAACUCCAAGGUCUCCAAGAGAUUUUGACUUUGACAAACCUGUACCUCCUCCUGUAGAAGCCAAACCGAGACCCCCAGCACCAUUACCCAAGCGUGAAUUUAAACCAUUACCACCACCUGUUGUGAAGAAACCUCUCCCUCCCUCACCAGUGAAGGAUCCAACUCCUCCCCCUGCCACUCCUGCAGUAGUAGAGAAGACCCCACCCUCAACUCCAAUGAAGAGGGUGAGAGCUGCCCCACCUCCUAAGGCAAGAACCCCCACACCACCAAGACAAGAUACGCCCGUGCCUGACUUCAUUACACAGUUCAAUGGCACACCUUGGUUUGAGAAAUUCUUCCCUAGCAUGGAGAGUAUACCAAAGCCUUGGACACCGGAAAACUUUGCCACAAUGCUUAGCCGUGUGCUUCGUCUUGCUGAGUAUCCCAUGAAGACAAGUAUUGUCGAUGCUCUCACAAUGCUGUGUACUCAGGAGGACAUGUCAGAAGCAACCAUAUCAUCCAUCGACAAGACCUUGGUGGCAAUCCUCAACCACAGCAAGGAGCCACCUACGUGCCUAGUGAUAUCACAGAAGAGCUUCAUCUUGUCGUCCCUGCGAGCCAUGACUAAGUUUGGUCUUUACGAUAAAGAGUUUAUCACAGAACUUAUGGUACAGUUUCUGGAUGGAGAUAAGGAAGUACGGAUGACUGUAGCCGAGAGUCUGGCAGCAAGUGGUCUCCAAGACCCACAUAAACACAUACAGAAAGAGCUGGACUCCUGGGACAUAUGGAAUGUAGAAGAAGAUGACCGCAAAGCUGACCUCAGGAAGAUGGCACAGCAAUGGCUGGAUAGGUGGAUGACUUCUUACAAACUCCAUCUGACAGACACAAUAGAGCGAAUGAAGAAGGGACAGAAUAUUCAUGGUAAAUUAAGUCGUGGCGAGGGAAAGAAACGCGGAGCAGCAAACAAGAGUAUUCUGAGGCGAUCCACGGGUGGAGGUGAAGGACAACCAGACGAUCAGGAAACAGUAACCACACUUCCAGAGGGCACAGAGUUCAUACCCCGUGUCCCAGGGGAAGAUCGUCGUAGAAGUCUCACAGUGACCUUUGAUAAGCCACCUGACUUAUCAGUGGUGGAGACGGCAACAUUCAUGGAUGCUUUGAACUACUUCUGUGACAUGAUGAUGGAGAAAGCAGUGGAUGGAGUUAGAAAGGGUGGCAAGCGUGGUGCUGGGUCCCAGGAUAAUGUAGUACAAGCCAAAAACACUGUGCUUGUCCUGCCGAAACUCCCACAUAAACCUGCUUUGGUACGUCUGGGUGAAACUCACACCAGUAAAUGUCGUCCUCACCGUGAAACUAACUUACAUAUUGAUUAUCGCCAACUGGCCACAACAAAUCGCGGGAACCAGCCUGCUCCUGGACAGCUGACGGGAUUCACUCCCAGUAUCAAUCUACCAAUGAAGACACUGUAUAUUAAUCCAUUCCCAAGUUAUAUUGACGAGUUUGAUUCUCGAUUCCAAGAACCUAUCCUUAUAACUCUUAAAUCGUCACAGAAGUACUUUAUUCCGUCUCAGUCGAUGGUGCCGACAUUGGAGGAACCUAUGUUGGCGCCGGCACAUUGAAGAAGGUCUUUCCGUUAAUAACUUAUCAGUAAAUAUUUAACCUACUGUGUUUUACUGUCAGGAAACUUUUUACAAAAUGUGGAAACAUUUUCUCAAUGAGGUUAGUGCACAUUGGGUUACUUCAUUGAGGGCAAGCCUAUUUUCUGUGGUCAAGUUUAGAUAACUGAGGAAGUGAAGAAGGAAAGCCGUUACAUGCCUACAAAGGUCUGGGCAUCUUAACUUGGAUCACACAUAACACCUAAUUAACAAAGGCUGAGGUCAGGAAAUACAAUCACUUUCCAACAAAGGCAGAUGUCAAUUAAUAGUUGUAUAUGGUUGGAGAGAAAUGUAUAUUUUUCCCAUGUAUUUACUGAUGAGAAUUUAGGAAUGCUGUAAAGCCUGUUUUUCUUCUUUUUUUUUUUUUAACAAAGCCUGUCCUACUUUAGGAUAUCGAGAUCUCAAGCUCAAAAGGUUUGUUUUCUAGACUGAUGGCUAUAAAGUUUUUUGUCAGUAUAUUUUCAUAUUGCUGUCGAUAUGCAACAAAACAAAUUAUUAUAUGUUGAUACAAAUCUGUAGUGCCAAAUAUUGGGUAAAAACCAAAUUUUGUUGGGGAAGAUCAGUUAUUGUCU